UUCCCUAGCAGAUCCCAUCGUCUGCUGAUCCCGGUACUUCGCCAAGGGUAUCGGCUCAGUGCGACGACAGUCACAGUCGCCAACAUUUUAGGGCGUCGAGCCUUCUUCUUGCUCCUUUCCGUCCGACCUCCCUAACGUCCGCCAAGGUCGUUUCUAGUAUAAGAUACAUUGCUGCUGGCUUAAGCCAGCCUCCACUCUACACCCACCAUCCGUGGGCCUUCUCUUCUCAGACGAGCACCGCACCGCUUGUCUGGGUGGCAGAUUGUGCUGCACCUCGCCUAAAGCCACUGCAAACUGUCAGCCUGUCAAGACUUAAUUCAAUACAAUUCCGUCGGCACCGUUUGAGGCCUCCUGACGGCGAUGAUCAAUACUGAGAUCCCAAAACACUACACCGCCUCGCCGUCCUCUCAUCAAGGGACGCCACAUCUGACCAUCAAUCGCGAUGCGACCUUGGACCUCGACUCCAGCACUGCCUUUGAAGGUCCGGAGAAACUCCUGGAGGUAUGGUUCAGUGCUUCCCCUGAAACUCUCCCGAACACGGUGCCUGCCAACGGGCUCAAGGCAGUAUCACCGGAGACAUGGAAAGAAAUGCUGGAUUUGGUCAACUGCAAGGUGCUAUCCAUUGUUGAAUCUGAACAUGUGGAUGCCUAUCUUUUGUCUGAAUCCUCGAUGUUUGUCUUCCCCCACAAGCUUGUCUUGAAGACCUGUGGAACCACCACUUUACUAUGUGGUCUGCCCCGUAUGCUUGAGAUUGCUUCUCUCUCUGCGGGCUUCCCAGGCCUUGAUUCCGACCUUCCGCAAGGCGUACCGGCUGCAGCAACCCCGUACCGUGUGUUUUACAGCCGCAAAAACUUCUUGUUUCCCACGAAGCAGCACGGUCCCCACCGUAGCUGGCGUGACGAAGUCCAAUUCUUGGACCGAAUGUUCCUGGGAGGAAGUGCGUACAUGAUCGGAAAAAUGAAUGGUGAACAUUGGUACCUCUACAUUACUGGACCUGACACACGUUUGACGCCACCGGGCACACCUGAUUCGGACAAGAGCUUGCUUCUCGGAACGGAGACCAAGUACUUGAGCCCCCCUCAGCGUAUGAUACCUUCAUUGAGCUCCGACGAAGCGCAGGACGAGACUCUGGAAAUUCUCAUGACCGACCUUGAUGAGGAGAAUGCUCGGCAAUUCUAUCUCGAGGACGCGAGUGCGGUCGCGGAGGGCAAGUUUUUCCAGAAGACUCGCGAUGCGCGAAAGGCUGCGAUUUCCAGCCUCGGGACUAUUGAGGAGGAACAUGGGAUUAAUUCACCAGCAUCAUGUACUAAUGGACUGGGGACCUCAGAUGACUUUGACGUGUUCGAGCAGACCUCGUCCGACCACUCGGGAUUCUCCUCGGACGAAGACGACUUAACGUUUCCAGAGGAGCUUACAACUGAAGGACACACGCUUGGGACUGUCGUGUCUGAAGCCUGCGGGUUGUCUGAUGUUUACCCGACAAACAAGUACCCCGAUGCCAAGGUCGAUGCGUACCUCUUUACACCAUGUGGCUUUUCUGCGAAUGGAGUCGUGCCGUCUCCUGAAGGACCUAAGAGCGGCCACUACUUUACUGUUCACGUCACUCCAGAACCCCAGUGUUCGUACGCGUCGUUCGAGACCAACGUUCCAGCACGCCAGACGGGUCGCGAAACUGCCGAUAUUGUCGAGCAGGUUGUCAAGAUCUUCCAGCCAGGCCGUUUCAGUGUCACUCUAUUCGAAGCGAAGGACGAUGACAGCCCGGAAGGCACGCUCGGCUUCGGUCCCGCAGCCAAAAGCUCGCGACGCAUGGAAACAAUCCCUGGUUACAAGCGCAUUGAUCGUAUUGUCCAUGACCUUGACGGAUAUGAUCUUGUCUUCAGGUACUAUGAACGCUGGGAUUGGAAGGGAGGUGCACCACGUAUUGGCGAGGUCGGGGCCUGAGCCCUGCAUUCUGUAUGCCUGGUAAAGCAAGUAGUCGCGAAGGACAGCUGAGACCACUCUUUGGACCUACUGUUGUAUAGCAAGUCAAUCUUGCUUGCGACUCUGUACGUACCACAGCAACCUGCGAGCCCUGUAGUUGUGCCACAUGUC